AUACAGGCUGGACAGUACUACUUAUAGACAUGGGGGUCCUCUCAGCGUUAAAGGCCGCUAUUGAUUGGGCAGGGACAAAGUCAACAACGUGGGCACAUAAAGACGUGUUUCGCGUCUGUUGUAAAAAAUAAAUAAAAAAAACCUCUAAAAUAAAGGCGGAUUAAACUCAUAUCUAGCCCCUUUACAACUAAUACACGCCUUCGUUCACAACCCAAUCGCCGUCCAUUUGGGGCCUGCGCCUUCGCUUUUCUGGAACUUGUAGUUCUGCGUGCUUAGUAGCUACAUCGCGAUUCGGGGUUCGCUUACAUGAUCAGAACUACAAAUCCCAGAAAUCCUCGCGAAUGAAGCGCAGCGUACUGUGUUAACGUAUGAGUAAUGGAACCGGCGGCCUGUGGGUGGGUCGAGGGAUGAAGGACACAUACUGACAACAGCACAUUACACGUGUACACGUGCUGAAAGGCAUGGUGCGCUGAGAAGCUAAAGGAUUUACACAGAGUGCACUAUGGGUCUGCAGUCUGUUGCAUGUAUCCAUGAUGGAAGACUACAAGGAGAGAGUGCAGAUGUGAUGAAUGAGGCACUGACAACAGCUGUCUCUUAUGGCUCGAACUGCUGCCCUUUUAAUAGAGAAUCAUGGGAAGUGUAGUCUUUCUGCAUGUGAUACUGAUGAAAGUCUCCGCAGUCUUUUACAAGUGAACGAAGGUCACCAGAAGGAAACCAGCAGGAUGUCUCUAAAAGAUGAAGUCCAGGACAAGUACCGCUUGGUCGCUGUUAUAGUCUUCAUCCUUGGCCUCGGCACUCUUUUGCCCUGGAAUUUCUUCAUAACAGCCAUUCCUUAUUUUCAGUCACGUCUAACAACAGAGAAGGCCUUGGAUCGAAUCUCAGAACUGGACUAUUCAAAUACCUCCUUAGCAAAUAACACUUCUGACAAGGCACUACAUUCAGGGGAUGACUUUCAAUUUAAUAACUGGAUGACCCUUCUGGCACAGCUUCCUUUACUUCUUUGCACAUUCCUCAAUUCCUUCCUUUACCAAUGUGUUCCAGAGAAAGUGAGAAUUGCUGGCAGCAUGGUAGCUAUUCUCUUUCUUUUCACUAUUACUGCUGUCCUGGUUAAAGUGGAGAUGUCCCCACAGACUUUCUUCGAUGUCACAAUGUCUACAAUCUGGUUUAUCAAUGCUUUCUGUGCUAUUUUACAAGGCAGUCUCUUUGGCCUGCUGACUCUCCUUCCUCAGACCUACAGCAGUCUUUUCCUUAGUGGACAGGGGAUGGCUGGUACUUUUGCUGCACUGGCAAUGUUGUUGUCCAUGUCCAGUGGGGCUGACCAUCGAACCACAGCCUUGGGUUAUUUCGUUACACCUUGUAUUGGAACUUUCAUUUCAAUCAUGUGCUACUUGAUGUUGCCCCGUCUGGAUUUUGCCAAAUUCCAUUUCUCUAAAUCGGGCAGCAAUAGUGCAAAGAAUUAUGAACUGGAUACAAAAGCUGAACUCCUACAGCAAGAGGUAAAUCUGGAGGCUGCAGAACAGAAACAGGCAAUGCACAAAGUAAAGGAGGCUGAAGUACUUACAGGUGAAGGUGCACAGAAAGUAUCUAUGUGUGCUGUGUUACGCAAGAUCUGGAUAAUGGCUGUUACAAUAGUUCUGACAUUUGGAGUCACCCUGUCAGUGUUUCCUGCAAUCACAGCAGCUGUGCAAAGUGGCACUACUGAUGAGAAUUGGGGUAGAUUCUUUAAUCCUGUAUGCUGCUUUUUAAUAUUUAAUGUCAUGGAUUGGGCUGGACGUAGUCUUACAUCUUAUACAUUGUGGCCUGGUCCUGACUGCAAAUUCCUGCCUCUAAUAGUCGCCGUCCGAUUUAUCUUCGUACCUGCAUUCAUGUUAUGUAAUAUAUCUGGUAAAAGCUACCUCCCUAUAGUCUUUGGUAACGACGCCUGGUUUGUCAUCUUCAUGAUCUUCUUCUCUUUCACCAAUGGAUAUUUUGUGUCUCUUUCGAUGUGCCUGGCUCCCAAGAAAGUUCUACCACAUGAGUGUGAAGCAACGGGUGCUAUCAUGACCUUCUUUUUGGCUUUGGGACUCUCUGUUGGAGCAGGACUGUCCUUCCUAUUCAAGGCUUUAUUAUAACCAACAAACUAACAGCUGACCCCAGCUCCACAUUAUAUACCUACAAGGAUUAGGCUAUCUCACGUCUUGUGUAAACAUAAUUUUUCAUUCUUUUACAAGCCCCACUUCUGCCAUUUUUCCUGUAGCCGCCAAUACACAAGGACAGGCACUAGUUGCGCUAGCAACAAAAACACACAAUCUGACAUUAUGGAGACUUUCCGGAUUUCUGACAAAUUCAUAUUCCUUUGGCGUUAGUAGGGGUUUUUUUUUCUUAAAAGGUUUUAUUACAGCUUUUUAUUUAUGCUGCAAAAGUUAAACAGUGUUCUAACUUUUAUUUUUUUUAAUGCUAACAAACAUUCAAAUAUAAAUAGAGAAAUUUACAUAACAAGACUUACAGGAUUUUAAAGGGAACUGAUGUUCUAAUUUUUUUUUUAUAUAGAGAAGUUUAAUGUCUGCAAGUAAUCUCUACCCCGACCUGCCGGAAACACGCUAGCUGCGGGCAGCGCAUGGGCUUCAUUUUUUUUUUUUUUAAAGUAUUUUUGCAAUGAAACAAAAACCUAACAUUUCUCUGAGUGUUAUGCAAUUUAGCAAUGAAGAAAAUCACGCUUAGAGCUUAGGUUCUUACAUGCUACGGAUCAACAAAUUUGCUUAGAAGUAUUUCUAUCACACUCCAAAAGACCUAUUGGGAACUGAAACCAUGUUUUUAAAACCAGAGUUUGUAGAAAAAGCAGUAUGGCACUACCGAUGUUCUUGCUCAAGAGGGUGGAAAGUGUAUGGGAUCAAAUGUAUUUAUUUAUCCACAUUAUAUUAUAACUACAAUAAGUUUUGACCCAACACCUCCCAAAAUCAGCAGGUUUCAUAUUAAUAUGUAAAAGAACGGGAAGAAGCCUUUAUUCACAAAAAAUAUCUGAUUAAUAGUGCAGACCGCUUUUCAAGUACUGUUUCUUUAAGGAAGCAUGAGAUUGGUGGAAAAACUGCUUGAGAUCUCCGUUUUACAAGAUAGUCUUAAAGGGGUUGUUCAUCUUUGAGUUAACUUUUAGUAUAAUGUAGAGUGAUAUUCUAAGACAACUUGCAAUUGGUUUUCACUUUUUAUUAUUUGUGAUUUUUGCAUUAUUUAGCUUUUUAUUCAGCUUUUUAUUCAGCUUUUUCUCCAUUUUGCAAUUUCAGCAAUUUGGUUGCUAGGGUCCAAAUUACCCUAACAACCAUGCAUGAAUUUGCAUUAGAGACUGGAAUAUGAAUAGGAGAGGGCCUGAACAAAAAGGAAUAUUAAAAAAAGUAGCAAUAACAAUAAAUUUGUAGUCUUACAAAUGAUUUGUUUUUUAUAUGGGGUCGGUGACCCACCACUUGAAAGCUGGGAAGAGUCAGAAGAAUAAGGCAAAUAAUUCAAAAACGAAAAAUGAAGACCCAUUGAAUAGUUGCUUAGAAUUAGCCAUUCUGUAACAUACUAAAAGUUAACUUAAAGUCAAACCACCCCUUUAAAGCUGAAUCUUUUCUAGCUGGAUGUGUCUACCAGUUAUAUGAGAGGUAGCAUUUGAAUGGUUGCUCUUGAUGGUUGCUUGAUAUUUAUUGUCUUGGAAAUUUUUUCUUCUUUUGAACCGUAUUUUUGUAAAAAAAAAAUAAUAAAUAGGUUUUUUGUUUUUUUUUAA